AUGCGAGCAGUGAGGCCUCUUCUCGUCCAAAGUUUUAUAACUCCUGCUAAUGAUAUUUUGAAUGGAUCACGCUGUAUUUUGAAAAAAUAUUUUUUUUCAACCAAGUGUGGAACUCCAAUCAAUGAACUAACAAUAACAGCUUUGAGAGAAACGUUUGCAGAAGAGAAGAGAGUGGCUCUCAACCCUACAACGGUUCAAUUGCUCGUUAAGAAAGGUUAUAACGUGCAGAUUGAAGAGGAUGCGGGCAAGUAUGCAAACUGGACGAAUCAAAACUAUGAGAAAGCAGGGGCUCACAUAAUAAGCUCAACAAAACCACUGAGCUCGGAUAUAAUAUUGAAAGUUAGACCGCCAACUGUGGAAGAACUGAAGCGGUUUCAAAAUACUUCCGUUCUUAUCUCUUUCGUUUAUCCAAGUAACAAUAAAAUGUUGUUGGAGGAAAUGGCCAAAAAAGAAAUGACAGUUCUUGCAAUGGACUGCAUACCUCGGAUAUCUCGAGCACAGGUAUUUGAUGCUUUGUCCUCUAUGGCCAACAUCGCCGGUUAUCGGGCUGUUGUUGAAGCUGCUCAUCAGUUCGGACGGUUCUUCAACGGACAAAUAACCGCUGCUGGAAAAAUACCUCCUGCUAAAGUGCUUGUUAUUGGUGGUGGUGUUGCUGGCUUAAGUGCCAUUGGAACAGCUAGAGGAAUGGGAGCAAUAGUUAGAGGAUUUGAUACACGCAGUGCAGUUCGAGAACAAAUCCAAUCGUUGGGAGCCGAGUUUCUCACAGUCACGAUUGAGGAAGAUGCUGAAGACAGUGGUGGUUAUGCAAAAGAAGUGAGUCAGGAGUUUCUGCAGGCGGAAAUGGCCCUUCUCUCAGAGCAAUGCAAAGAUGUGGACGUCAUCAUCACUACUGCCUUGAUACCUGGUAGAAAAGCACCCAUGCUGAUAACUGAGAAAAUGAUAAGCUCUAUGAAACCAGGAAGUGUAGUUGUCGACUUAGCAGCUGAAAACGGAGGCAAUAUCGAAACAACAAGACCAGGCGAAUGUUAUGUUAAGCAUGGUGUUUCUCAUAUCGGAUAUACAGACUUACCAUCCAGAUCACCAACACAAAGCAGCACCUUGUUUGGUAAUAAUAUUACGAAGUACUUACUGUCAUUGGAGAAAGACAAUAAAUUCCUCUUGAAUCAGGAUGACGAGGUGGUUCAUGCAUCUACAAUCGUGAAUGCGGGAAAAAUAGAAUGGCCUAAGCAGAUGAAAAAGAAAGUUGAUGCUUCUGUAUCUCCCAAGCCUGUUGUUACUGAAGUUGCUCUGGUUCCCGUGGAAACACCUUUUCAGAAGACAUUAAAAACUGCGGCUGGGCUGUCUGUUGGAUUGGGUGGGCUCUCUGUUCUGAGCAUGUCUUGUCAAAAUCCUUCAUUGGCUCAUAUGUCCUCAACAUUCGCCUUAGCCGGAGUUGCAGGUUAUCAUACUGUCUGGGGGGUAACUCAUGCUUUACACAGUCCACUGAUGUCUGUAACUAAUGCCAUAUCUGGAACUACAGCAGCAGGAGCUCUAUGUCUUAUGGGAGGUGGAUAUUUCCCUUCGACAGCUCCUCAUUACUUGGCUUUUGGUUCUGCUUUUAUAAGCUCUAUCAAUAUCGGUGGAGGUUUUCUUGUAACAAAACGAAUGCUUGAUAUGUUCAAGAGAAAAGACGAUCCCCCUGAAUACAAUUAUCUGUAUGCACUUCCUGCAGCCGUGUUCAUCUCAGGAUACUUGGGAGCAUUAGCUUUGGAGUCUCCAACUUCUCAUUCGAUCAUGUACUUGGGCUCUUCUCUGUGUUGCUUGGGUGCCUUAGCAGGAUUAUCAAGUCAGAACACUGCUAGACUUGGAAAUGCUCUGGGUAUGACUGGUGUUGCUGGAGGAAUCACUACUACUAUUGGCUUAUUAGCACCUGAAACUGAAACUCUGACACAAAUGAUAUCUGCUUUAGGAUUAGGAUCAGCAAUCGGGAUGGCAAUAGCUCAUAAAAUAAAAGUCACGGAUCUUCCACAGUUGGUAGCUGCUUUUCAUUCUUUCGUUGGUUUAGCAGCUACGAUGACAUGUCUAGCUAACUAUAUGCUGGAGUAUCAACAUCUGAUAGAUAACCCAGAUCAAGCUACUGCUGCGAAGCUGGCUUUAUUCUUGGGAGCUUAUAUCGGAGGUGUAACCUUUACAGGAAGUUUAAUGGCAUAUGGGAAGUUGCAAGCAACUUUGCUUUCUGGAAGACAUUAUUUGAACAGUGGCCUGUUAGCUAGCAAUAUUGCUGCUCUUGGUCUCUACAUGAAUACUACAGAUUAUAUGACAGGUUUAUCAAUGCUAGGAACAACAGCUGCAUUGAGCUCCACAAUGGGAGUUACUCUAACAAUGGCGAUUGGAGGAGCUGAUAUGCCAGUUGUCAUUACUGUUUUGAACAGUUACAGCGGUUGGGCGCUUUGCGCCGAGGGAUUCAUGCUCAACAAUGAUUUAUUGACCACUGUUGGAGCUUUCAUUGGAAGCUCUGGAGCUAUUCUGUCUUACAUCAUGUGUAAAGCUAUGAAUCGAUCACUCUUGAACGUUAUAAUGGGAGGUGUGGGAACUAAAAGUAAAGGAUCUGGACAAGCUAUGUCAAUAGAAGGAACAGCAGUAACAACAGAUAUACACGAGACAGUUGAUUCUCUCAAAAAUGCAAGCUCAGUCAUUAUUGUGCCAGGAUAUGGGUUAUGUGCAGCACAAGCACAAUACCCUAUUGCUGAACUAGUGAAAGAGCUACGUUCUAAGAAUAUAAGAGUUCGAUUCGCCAUUCAUCCCGUUGCAGGACGAAUGCCGGGACAAUUAAACGUUUUGCUUGCUGAAGCUGGCGUACCUUAUGAUAUCGUUGAAGAAAUGGAAGAGAUAAACGACGAUUUCGAGAAAACAGAUGUAGCACUUGUAAUUGGUGCCAAUGAUACUGUAAACUCAUCAGCAGAGGAUGAUCCAAACAGCUCGAUAGCGGGAAUGCCAGUAUUACGUGUUUGGAAUGCAAAGCAGGUCAUUUUCAUGAAGCGAACACUUGGAACAGGGUAUGCUGCUGUGGACAACCCAGUGUUCUUCAAAGAAAACACCAAGAUGCUUCUGGGUGAUGCUAAGAAGAGCUGUGAUCAACUUCUAGCAGCUGUUCGAGAGAAGUAA